AUGGGUAUUAAUAUUUGUUUUGAACAAUGGUCAUCGUCACUUUCCAAAUUAGUUUAUACCAUAAUAAUCUUCAUCUUUAUCUAUGUUAUACCAUCGUUGACAAUAUUAGCGGCACAUUCAUGGAUAGGCUUCUAUAUUAACGUUGGACAGUCCUAUCGAAAAUCUUAUUAUCGUAGUGAAAGUGUACAAGUAACUUCUGCAAUCAGAAGAAAAUCAUAUCGACGCUCGCUAACAUCAGCUUCAACGACCAUCGGUUCAACGAGUUUUAAUCAAAAAAAUUGUUCAACAGUACAACUUCGUUUUGCGACAUCAGAUUCCGAACGUAUUCGAACAAAACAACAUCGAAAAAUAUUGCGUAUGUUAAUAAUCAUGAUAUUAUUAUUCUCAUUAUCUUGGUUACCUUAUCAUAUUCUCAGUCUUAUCAUGGAUUGUCAAUCUUUGUUACAAAAGAGAAUAGUAACGAAAAAUUAUUAUCUGUUUUAA